AUGGCAAGGUUCAUUAGACGUGGUAAAUGGAAUGCGGCUUUGCCUUUCGUUCCAGAGGAAAUUUUGAGGUCAGCCCCUGUUGUCCUAGUUGAGUCACAGGCUUUGAAUGCGACAGCAUGUGACAAAGAUCGAUUCGAGGUGGACAUGCGCAGAGCCUAUGAAGGCGCAAAGAAGACGAUGAAGAAGCUUGAGGACAUGGUCUCAGCCGACAAACGCUUGCUUGCUCAAGCCCUGUUGCUGAAAGCAAACACUCUGGCAAACUUGGUCUCCAGGCAGACUGUAUUUGAGGAGGUGGACAAUGUAGAUCCACUGAGCAGCGCGUUUUCAGCGGCGCGCAAAGCUGCUGGCUACUCGCGAGAGUUGGAGGAUGCUGACCUGGGGAAUGCGAUGCGCGUGAUGGGAGUGGUCGAGCGAACCCGGCACGAGCUUCGCAGAGACGCAAGAUCGCUUCAUGCAGCGCAGCAGUACUUUCUUUUAGCGAGUCGUGAAUUUGAGAAGCACAGGGUGGAAAAGGUUAACGUGUGGUAUGCUGUUGCACACUGGAAUGUGUACAACGCAUUCCUCGACCAGAAGAACAUCAGGAAGUCUGUUUCCUUUCUCAAGCGUGCAGGGGAUCUCCGAGCCCAAAUUGAGGGCACUAAGAAUCCGCAUACGCGCAUGUACCGCAAACAGCUCCAGGAGGAGCUCAAAGCGUUCCGAAAUAAUCUGGGCGAGGAAGCUAUGCAGCUGGAAGUGCAAAGCACUUUGCAAGAGUUUGACAGAAUUUUGGCGGCUGUGAAAAGCCAAUUCUGGGCAGAGGAAAUGCUGCAUGCAGACAAGGGUAAGGACCUCUUCCGUUGA